AUGGGAUGCUCUUUUUCUGGUCUGAAUGCUCUGUAUGAUGCCGUCAAUGGCGGGGGAGAUGUUUGGAUCAAUGAAAAUCGGUUCAGGGUCAUCAGGCAGCUAGGUGAAGGUGGCUUUGCUUUUGUCUUUCUUGUUAAGGAAGUCCCUUCUACCGACCCUUCCAAUGCUGGCCUCUCCAAAAAGUUCAAGGAUUCCCCUCAUUUAUCUGAGGAUGGAACUUAUGCGAUGAAGAAAGUUCUUAUUCAGAACACUGAACAGCUGGAGUUGGUGAAGGAGGAGAUUCGGGUUUCAUCCCUGUUCACACAUCCUAAUCUACUUCCUCUCCUUGAUCAUGCUAUCAUUGCUGUGAAGGGUACACCAGAUCAAACCUGGAGACAUGAAGCAUAUUUGCUAUUUCCAGUCCAUUUGGAUGGGACAUUACUGGACAAUUCCAAAGCUAUGAUGGCUAAGAAGGAAUUCUUUUCCACCUCAGAUGUUCUUCAAAUUUUUCGCCAGCUCUGUGCAGGAUUGAAGCAUAUGCACAAUCUUGAACCUCCAUAUGCUCAUAAUGAUGUUAAACCAGGUAACAUUCUUUUGACGCAUCGAAAAGGAAAAUCACCUCUUGCAAUCCUCAUGGAUUUUGGAAGUGCUCGUCCUGCCCGAAAGCAGAUCCGUUCUCGUUCCGAGGCUCUUCAGUUGCAGGAAUGGGCAUCAGAGCACUGCUCAGCUCCUUUUAGGGCUCCCGAAUUGUGGGAUUGUCCCAGUCAGGCAGAUAUAGACGAAAGAACUGAUAUCUGGUCAUUAGGCUGCACUUUAUAUGCCAUAAUGUAUGGGGUGUCUCCAUUUGAGUAUGCACUUGGUGAAUCUGGUGGGAGCUUGCAAUUAGCCAUUGUAAAUGCUCAGAUAAAGUGGCCCGCUGGGCCUAAGCCACCAUACCCUGAAGCUCUUCACCAAUUUGUGACAUGGAUGCUUCAGCCGCAACCUACUAUGCGCCCACGCAUAGACGAUAUCGUAAUACAUGUCGACAAGUUGAUCUCAAAGUUCUCACAAUGA